AGGGUUUGAUUGAUUCUCGGUGUCUGUGAGAUUACUUAUGCAGCUACCCUGUAACCCAAACAAUUGCGGUUCACCUUUUUGUUUUGAUCAAUGUUGACUGUAACAGCGUCGUUAAUAGGCUAAUUUAGUUAAGGACAGCGUAUCUUAAUUGUUUUUAAAACGUUUGCAUAAAUGGCUAAUUUCUGAACAGUGACACAGUCGGAUGGCGCAGGCAGCACUUCUCGUGGUACCGACAUAGAUGGACCAAAAGUUUAACCUCCAUGAGUAAUGAACCUGAACCCAUUCUGGAGCAUGUCUACCAAUACUGGUCGCAAGAGAUCUGACAGUGAGGAACAGAGUGUGCAGCAGAUUGCUGAGCAACAACAGAGAGCCAGUCCUUCCAGGCCAAGCUUUGGGAAGAAGCAGCUUCCCACCAUCCCCAAGAAUACCGCCCCCAUCACCAAGCCUGCCUCUCCUGCCACCACGACCCAGUCAAUCAACGGGACACACGCUUCCUAUGGCCCUUUCUACCUGGAGUAUUCGCUGCUGGCCGAGUUCACGCUAGUGAUCAAGCAGAAGCUGCCAGGAAUCUAUGUCCAGCCAUCCUACAAAUCAGCAUUGAUGUGGUUUGGGGUCAUCUUCAUCAGACAUGGCCUGUAUCAGGAUGGAGUCUUCAAGUUCACAGUGUACAUUCCAGAUAACUACCCUGAUGGGGAGUGUCCUAGGGUGGUGUUUGAUAUCCCAGUGUUUCACCCACUGGUGGACCCUGUUUCAGGAGAGCUUGAUGUCAGGAGAGCCUUCACCAAGUGGAGGCGCAAUCACAACCACAUCUGGCAGGUCCUGAUGUACGCUCGCACUGUGUUUUACAAGAUCAACACCAUGGAACCGCUCAACCCGGAAGCUGCAGUUUUGUAUGACAAGGAUGUGCAGUUGUUCAAAAGCAAGGUGGUAGAAAGUGUCAAACUAUGCAACAGCCACCUCUUCGACCAACCGAAGAUAGAUGAUCCUUAUGCAAUAAGUUUCUCCCCAUGGAACCCAGCUGUCCACGAUGAAGCGAAGGAACGGAUGUUCACUCACAAAAGACGGCCUGAGGAUCAUCACAAGGGCCUGCAGGUGUCAGGACUGUCUUGGGUGAAGCCCGGUUCAACACAGCCCUUCAGCAAAGAUGAAAACUCUCAACAGAGCUGAACUGUGCUUUCUGCCUGCAAUAUUGGUCAGCUGCCAGUAGAGGGAGAUGCAGGCUUAAUGCCACGCCUUAGAUGGGCUUAAACAGCAAGUUGUGUGAAUAGCAAUUGAACCUGUUGAAUGGACUUAAUUUAACAUUGAAACACUAUUGUCUUGAUACGCUCAGCUUUAAAAGCAUUAGACAUCUUGUGCUCAGACCUCAUUAGAACUAAAAAUAUGUAUCCUAUGUAAAUCAACAAUGACAACUGGAUGUCUUAUUAACAAAGGCUGCAAUGCAAUCAAAAUUUUUUACUUUAUUUUCUUCUCUGCUCUUUGCACAUGCUUUGGGUUUGUUCUGUACACAUGCACUCAAAGCUGGUUAAAGGCAAGAAUAAUAUUCUACAUUAAUGAUGGGUAGAAUAUAUUCUAUUUGGUGGGUGCACCGUGAAUCCCUAACUGCUUGUUAGGAUGGGUUCAUGAUAGUUAUUGUUCAUACUUUGGACUUGCUUUAAAUGUGUUCAAUGUGGAUGGUCACAAACCUUGAGUUGUUUAGUGUUUUCCCCAAGAAUUUUACAUUUUGUCAAAUUAAACAUAGAUACACUUUUUAUUUUGGUUUUGAUUUGUUUAUACUUUUGAAUGAAGGUUUAGAUAUGUUUUUUUAUCCCUCUUUAUUGUUUAAACUAUUGUUUCGGAAAAUAGGUUAUAUAUAUAUAUUAUGCAGACAAUAUUUUAAUUCGGAUGCUUAAUUCCAUAAUGAUUUAUUAAUAUUUUCAUUGGUUUUAAUUCAUUUUGAAUUCUCUAUUUACUGUUAACCGGUUGAUGUGUAAAGUUUGAAGUGUAAAUAAAAAGUUAUCUGCAGUGGAAAUGGCUACCCUCUUCACAGACAGGGAUGCAGUGUUUUGUUACCUGGUGAUAUUUAUAUUGCUGUGAAAUGAAGUCAAUUUAAUGCAUACUUUUCCUACUUCACACACAUGCUGCUGUUUGGACUGUUGCAUUUGGCAAAACAAUGUUUUCUCAUUUCACCGUUUUAUCUUUCCCAUAUGGAAGAAAAACCUCAUCUGUUGAAUGAAAAUGCUCUAUAUCCAGUGUGAGUUUUGAACAUUUAAUUUUUGCUUGUGGAAGGAAUAAAAAAUCGCAUACCAAUGACUAUUUUUGAUGUAGACUGGGUGGGGUAUUUUAGGUUGUUUUGCUAUGACCUUGGCCGUGCAAUCCCGAAUGAACCAAGUCUUUUAAAUUACCUCUACAAGGACAAGAAUCUGUUUUCAUGCUAAUUUCUUGCAAUUCACAAUAUAUGGUGACACAAAAGUUUUAAAGAUUGAGUUGCUAGUAAUUUAUGUAAAACUAAAAGGGGAAUACAGGUGGUAUUAUGUUUAAAUCUUGGUUGGUGGAUUACUGUGUGUAUCAAUAUCUCUCCUAGCCUCUUAUGCCCACAGUUGUUCAGGGUUACCAAUAAAUAUUGUUAAUAUUUCA